CAAACUUGCGCAAAAAUAACAUGUGAAAAAAUAAAGACAGAAAAGGUGAACACUUUCUAGUUUCAAAAGCUCUACACAUUACUGAUAUUGAACAGAGUCAUGCCAACUGAAGAGUGUAUUAGAAUUCCAGGUGAGAGAAUCUGUAGGACGGACAAGGGUCUUGUAGCUGGGAGAGGCACAUAUGAAUGCAAUGGACAAAUUUACUCAUCUGUUGCUGGUAUGCAGCUUAAGAGUGAUAAAGAUGGAAAGGUUCAUAUAGAAGUACAACGCGAAAUGAAGCAAAAUGUUUUACCAGAAAUUGGAAUGAUUGUUACAGCUAAGGUAACAAAUGUCAACCCGAGACAGUGCAAAUGUGCAAUCAUAAGUGUGGAAACAACCAGUCUAUCAGAUCCAUUCCGUGGAGUCAUAAGGAGUGAAGAUGUUAGGUCAACAGAACGUGACAAAGUUGAAAUGUACAAAUGCUUCAAACCUGGAGAUGUUAUCUUGGCUCGUGUUUUGAGUCUUGGGGAUGCUCAGUCUUACAUCCUCACCACCGCAGAAAAUGAACUUGGGGUGGUUAUAGCACUCAGUGAAUCAGGUGCUACCAUGGUACCCAUCAGUUGGAAUGAGAUGCAGUGCCCCGCCACAUAUGCUAAAGAAUACAGAAAGGUUGCCAAGGUGCAGUCCGAUCAUAUAACACAAAAUGGAUGAUAAAAACUGAAGGACAUAUUAUAAAAGAAAUAGUAGAUAAAAAAUGUUGAAUAUGUUUGAUCUGAAGUGACAAUGUUUUAAAGUGUUUUAUUCUUUUUCAUCAGUAAAACGAAUAAGGAUAAUUCCAGCAGUGAAACAUUGUAUAUAUAGCAUGUAUGAGAUAUUCUUAGAGUUUAUUGUUUGAAGUGCCACCAUUUAUUAACUGACAUUGUACCAUUUUAGUGAAGAAAAUUAUAUCCAAUAACUGGAUAUAGAUGAAUGUCUGGAGGUCCCUUGGAUUACAUUAAAUCUAUUUGUAUAAUGACACUAGUUAGUUCAGUGUUUAGUAUAAUGAAACUCAGUAAAUCAUUGGACCAAACUUGAGAAAUAAACAUAUUUUUAUACAAAUAACUUGUUCUGUA